CAACGAUCCGAGCUACCACGACCAUCGAAUUGCUCUUUGAAUCUCGAAUACCCUAAUCUCUACCGAAUACCACAACUUCCGCCGUCGCUACCACACACGAGCACCGCGCGACGAAGCGAUACGCCGCCCUUCGAGCCCCGAUAGAUACUACCCGCCGCCGUCAUGCCAUCGGCCACGGGCUCCAACUGGGAGAAAUACCAGAAGAAGUUCGCUGAUGAUGAGCCCGAGGAAAAGAAGAUCACACCAUUGUCCGAUGAGGAUAUCCAAGUGCUGAAGACAUACAACUCAGCGCCAUAUGCCACAGACCUCAAAAAGCUCGAGAACGCCAUCAAGGAGAAGCAGACAUCUGUAAAUGAGAAAAUCGGCGUCAAGGAGUCUGAUACUGGUCUCGCGCCGCCUCAUCUAUGGGAUAUAGCUGCCGACAGACAGCGCAUGAGCGAGGAACAACCGUUGCAGGUCGCACGUUGCACCAAAAUCAUCCCGGAUGAGAAAGACAGCGAGAAGAGCAAGUACGUUAUCAAUGUCAAGCAGAUCGCCAAGUUCGUCGUCAAUCUGGGUGAGCGCGUGAGCCCUACGGAUAUCGAGGAAGGCAUGCGUGUGGGCGUUGACCGCAACAAGUACCAAAUCAUGCUGCCGCUGCCCCCGAAGAUCGAUCCCAGCGUGACAAUGAUGACGGUGGAAGACAAACCAGACGUCACAUACGGUGAUGUGGGAGGUUGCAAAGAGCAGAUCGAAAAGCUACGAGAAGUGGUGGAGAUGCCACUGCUUUCUCCUGAGCGGUUCGUGAACCUCGGAAUCGACCCACCCAAGGGAGCGUUGUUGUAUGGACCCCCGGGUACUGGAAAGACUCUCUGCGCAAGAGCUGUGGCAAACAGGACAGACGCUACAUUCAUCCGCGUGAUCGGAUCCGAGCUGGUGCAAAAGUACGUGGGCGAAGGUGCCCGUAUGGUGCGUGAGCUGUUCGAGAUGGCCCGGACGAAGAAGGCAUGCAUCAUCUUCUUUGAUGAAAUUGAUGCUGUGGGUGGAGCGCGUUUCGAUGAUGGAGCUGGAGGCGAUAAUGAGGUGCAGAGAACCAUGUUGGAGCUCAUUACACAACUGGACGGAUUCGACAGCAGAGGCAAUAUCAAGGUCAUGUUCGCGACCAACAGACCUAGCACACUCGACCCCGCCCUGAUGAGGCCCGGACGAAUAGACCGAAAGAUCGAGUUCUCACUUCCCGACAUGGAGGGCCGUGCCAACAUCCUCCGCAUUCAUGCAAAGUCCAUGUCCGUGGAGCGCGAUAUCCGAUGGGAGCUCAUCUCCCGAUUGUGUCCCAACUCGACAGGUGCCGAACUGCGCUCAGUGGCGACUGAAGCUGGUAUGUUUGCCAUUCGUGCACGGAGAAAGGUUGCUAGCGAGAAGGACUUCUUGAGUGCUGUAGAGAAGGUUAUCAGAGGCGGAAUGAAAUUCAACUCGACGGCUGCGUAUGCGCAGUACAACUAAGGGCCUGGGAUGGAGGCUCGAGCUACAAGCAUUCAUUUACAGCGCGGCGUUCUGUCUACACUAGAAGAAGCUCGGGUUUAGGAGCUUUGUAUCAUAGUCUUAUCUACCUUGCAGAGCCAGGUGGCACGAUUGAGCUGAUAAUGACAUCCAAACACCCAUUUCAUGUUUCAUCUCCAACAGCCAUGCUCGUAUAAACAAACGUUGGAACGUCCUACUAGUAAUACACAUGGAAUGAACCACUAGGUAACUUACUUAUGGCUUCUGUGCACAUUCAAUCUUCAAUGUCGUCGUCCUCUAAUACCAAACUUUGCACUCGUUUCUCCACCGGUAUACUCUUCUUCUGCAACACGACAACCGGUCUCGACGCAGACCCCGCCGUUUUCGACGACAUACUCUUAUCCUCUGCAUGUGGCCGAUCUGUCGCCCAUGCUUCCACAGCCGCGCCACCGUCGUGUGCCGCCUCCUCGUCCU